UGCUCGGCCAAUAGUUGUUCGUCGAUCGUACGUUAAACGUCGUAUAGUUGUUAGCAAAAGCUCCAUUACUUGCUUUCGCAAACUAUCGAUCCCCUUUGGGUGGCUAUUCGACUCUUUUAUAAAAAGACAACAGAUAAAUUGUGAUACAAAAUGCGUGAGUGCAUUUCAAUCCACGUUGGACAAGCUGGUGUGCAAAUUGGUAAUGCCUGCUGGGAGCUGUACUGUCUGGAACAUGGCAUCCAGCCGGACGGUCAAAUGCCAUCUGACAAAACUAUCGGAGGUGGAGAUGACAGCUUCAACACCUUCUUCAGUGAGACUGGUGCUGGCAAACAUGUACCAAGGGCUGUUUUUAUCGAUUUGGAACCUACUGUAGUUGAUGAGGUUCGCACUGGAACUUAUCGUCAGCUCUUCCAUCCGGAACAGUUGAUCACUGGCAAGGAGGAUGCUGCGAAUAACUAUGCUCGUGGUCACUACACGAUCGGCAAAGAAAUUGUUGAUCUUGUAUUAGAUCGUAUUCGCAAGCUAGCGGACCAAUGUACUGGACUCCAGGGUUUCCUCAUCUUCCAUUCGUUUGGCGGUGGUACUGGCUCCGGAUUCACAUCUCUGCUGAUGGAGCGUCUGUCCGUCGACUAUGGCAAGAAGUCGAAACUCGAGUUCGCUAUUUACCCCGCUCCUCAGGUCUCCACUGCUGUGGUCGAACCGUACAAUUCUAUUCUGACAACGCACACCACUCUUGAACAUUCCGAUUGUGCAUUUAUGGUUGACAACGAGGCGAUUUACGACAUCUGCCGUCGCAAUCUGGACAUUGAGAGGCCCACCUACACAAAUCUUAAUCGUCUGAUCGGCCAGAUUGUUUCCUCCAUCACGGCGUCUCUGCGAUUCGACGGUGCCUUGAACGUCGAUCUGACCGAGUUCCAGACCAACUUGGUGCCCUAUCCGAGAAUUCACUUCCCUCUGGUAACUUACGCACCUGUCAUCUCGGCCGAGAAAGCAUACCACGAGCAGCUUUCUGUCUCGGAAAUUACCAAUGCUUGUUUCGAGCCGGCCAAUCAGAUGGUCAAGUGCGAUCCGCGCCACGGCAAGUACAUGGCCUGCUGCAUGUUGUACCGCGGUGAUGUCGUGCCCAAGGAUGUCAACGCGGCGAUCGCCACCAUCAAGACAAAGCGUACCAUCCAAUUUGUCGACUGGUGUCCCACCGGUUUCAAGGUCGGUAUCAACUAUCAGCCGCCGACUGUUGUGCCUGGCGGAGAUCUUGCCAAAGUUCAGCGCGCCGUCUGCAUGUUGUCGAACACCACCGCCAUCGCGGAGGCCUGGGCUCGUCUCGACCACAAGUUCGAUCUCAUGUACGCCAAGCGCGCGUUCGUCCAUUGGUAUGUCGGCGAGGGUAUGGAGGAAGGAGAAUUCUCCGAGGCGCGCGAGGAUCUCGCGGCGCUUGAGAAAGAUUACGAGGAGGUCGGAAUGGACUCCGCAGAAGGCGAGGGUGAAGAAGGCGCUGAAGAAUACUAAGCACAAUCACUCGCCUGCCUGCGUUUUAUGGCUUUUUCUGAUGUGUCUCCAUGUGUUUUGAAAUAAAGCAACUCAUUUGCAAAGCAA